UUCCUUCUCCGCAGGACCAUGGUGAAUGCAGCCUUUACUGAAAUCAAAGCAGCAGCCUUCGCUCACAUCCCCCUCCUGCAGUUCCUCUUACUGAACUCCAACAAGUUUACACUGAUCGGGGACGAUGCCUUCACCGGCCUCUCCCACCUGCAGUACCUGUUCAUUGAGAACAAUGACAUCCGCUCUCUGUCAAAAUUCACCUUCCGAGGACUGAAGUCCCUGACACACUUAUCCUUGGCCAACAACAACCUGCAGACACUGCCCAGAGAUAUCUUCACACCCCUGGACAUCCUCAGUGACCUGGAUCUCCGGGGCAACGCUUUCAUCUGUGACUGCAAAAUCAAGUGGCUGGUGGAAUGGAUGGAGAGGACCAAUGCCACAGUGCCUGCCAUCUUCUGCAGCAGCCCCGUCCGCUACCAGGGGCAGAAGAUCUGGGACCCGGCCCUGAAGGACUUCAGCUGCAUCACGACAGACUUUGUGGUGCACCAGGUCCUGCCAUUCCAGUCGGUGUCAGCUGAGCCUUUUGUCUACAGCAGCGACCUCUACGUAGCACUGGCACAGCCCAGUGCCAGCAUCUGCACCAUCUUCAAGUGGGACUAUGUGGAGCGCAAGCUACGGGACUUUGACCGCAUCCCUGCUCAUUCGGCCGUGUAUUGCAAGCCCAUCGUGGCCCAGUCGCAGCUCUACGUGGUGGUGGCACAGCUCUUCGGCGGCUCCUACAUCUACCGCUGGGACACCAACGUGGACAAGUUCAUCAAGAUCCAGGACAUGGACAGCAGGAAGAUCCGCAAGCCCAAUGACAUUGAGGCCUUCCAGAUUGACGGCGACUGGUACUUCGUCAUCGCCGACAGCUCCAAGGCUGGCUCCACCAGCCUCUACCGCUGGAACCAGAAUGGCUUCUACUCCCACCAGGCCCUGCACCCCUGGCACCGCGACACCGACGUGGAAUACGUGGAGAACGAAGGCAAGCCCCGGCUCAUCAUCUCCAGCAGCUCCCAGGCCCCUGUCAUCUACCAGUGGAGCCGCGCCCAGAAGCAGUUUGUGCAGCAGGGGGAGGUGGCCGAGGUGAUGGACGUGCAGAUGGUCAAGCACUUCAAGUUCAAGAAAGACAAUUACCUGUGCCUCAGCCGCUACAUCGGGGACUCCAAGGUGGUCAAGUGGGAGGGGCAGCGCUUCACCGAGCUGCAGACCCUGCCCUCGCGGGGCUCCAUGGUCAUGCAGCCCUUCCUGGUGUCCCAGCGCCAGUACAUGGCACUUGGCAGCGACUUCUCCUUCACCCAUCUUUACCUCUGGGAUGAGGAGAAGCAGAAGUUUCUCAAGUUCCAGGAACUCUCCGUCCAAGCGCCCCGGGCUUUCCACUACGUCCCCUUGGAGGACAUGGACCUUCUGCUGGCACCCAGCUUCAAGAGCAGCACACUGGUCUACAAGCACGUUGUGGUGGACCUCAGCUUGUAGGGGGGGUUCCUGCCACCUGCCCAGCUCCCUGCCUCACUCCUAGACACUGUGCAGAGAAAACGUUCUUCCACUUGCAACACCCCUGGAGCCGGGGACUCCAGCGCACUGCCUCGCCUCAGGCUAAGGCUUCCUGUCUGUGCCCAUGCACUGCCCCACUGCCAUAUCCAUGGACAAGUCCAGAACACACACAUACUCACACAGGCCCGUGAGUCCAUGCAUACCCAGCACACGUUCCAUCCAUGCACUCGAAUUCAGGAGUGUAUGCUCACCACAGCCAUCCCUCCAUAGAUAAACUCAUACGCAUACGCACAUGCCCUCCAGCAUCUCAUACACAUUACAUUCCUGCCCAUAGGCCUCCAGUGCGCGUACACUCCAACACCCCCAUGGACACCCCUUCGCCGUCUCCUAGCCAUACCAUAUGCAUCUACACUCACUCUUUACAUGUCCAUGCAAUCCCUGUGCACCCCAUAAACAAACACACAUUCCCGCACCCCUUAACCUCACAUUCAUCUCCCCGCAUAGAGCAUUAUAUUCAUGCCCAUAUACUGCUGUGCAUGGACAGCCACGUCCAUGUACACCCUCAGAUCCAUGCCUGUUCACAUCCACUCUGACUACUGCACCUUCCAUGCACACACAGCUACUCCCGUGUGCACAUUCUUAUCGGCGAACCCAGAUAUGGUGCACUGGCGGUGCACCACGCCAUGCUGCGUCUCCCACCCACCGACACACAUGCAUACAUCCCUGUAUCUGUCACCCUGAACCCUCCCUGCAGUCCCCUCUGCACACAUGCUCCUGUCCCCAUACAGAGCGCCGGGUAGCAGGCCUGGAAGAAGAAAGUCCCUUGUCGUCACUUCUCCCGAACUCUUCCUGAAGCUUCUGCCGCACUUUCUGUAGCCAUCACCCAUAUUCAGAUUGUAGAGACACUGCUCUGUGUGGCUCCACCACUCCUGAGACCCUGGACCACCUGAUCCCCUUUGGCUCCCACAGCCACCCUGCAAGAGGGCUCUCUGGAAGCGUGCCCAGUGGCAACCUCAGCCCAGAUCAUCCCAGCGCCCUCAGUGAGCUGCCUUCCACAGCCUUCUGGGAGCUAAUGGAAGUAUAAAGGGGCCCUUUGUACCUCCCCCACUUUACUGCAGUGAAUUGUUUUGCUUCCCUCCAGGCAUCUUCUCUCUGUCAAGCUGCAGGGGGCAACACUGUCCGGUGGUUAGUGUAAGGGACUGGGGCUCAGGAGUCCAGGAUUGGCUUUUCCACUGACCUGCUGUGUGACCUUGGGUAAAUUGCUGUGCCUCAGUUUCCCCUUCUGUAAAAGGGAGAUACUGUUUCUUCCCCUCCUUUGUUAUCUGCAGACAGGAAGAGCUAUCAGCAUGCUAGCUAUCAAGUCUAGUGCAUGAGCCCAUGUGCCUUGGGUGCAUAUAUCCCCAUGCACAAAUCCAGGGUCAGUGGAGAGGGUCAGAGAGCAUGCGCUAGUGCACAAAUCUAGUGCAUGUGCCCAAUACAUCAUCCCCUUGCAUAUGCACUGGUGCACAAUCCCAGAGCAGAAAUCUAGUGCAUCUGCUCCAGUGCACAAUCCCGCUGCAUAAGCACCAGUGAGUCUUUCAGGCCAGACUGGACGGCAGCUAAAGGGAAAUGUUUUGUCUAGUGUGUGGAUUUCUAUCCUGCCUUUCGCUUGCCAUGUGCUUGCAUGGCUCAAGUUAAACGGAAUUGCUGACAGCCACAGUGACAGGGAGUGAAAAGAGAGACUCCUCCAGGGAGUCACAUGUCCCAUACAAGAGGGACUGGAGAGAAGGAAGCCAGGGGUUUCCUGAACUACGAAGGUUCAGCCAGGGGCAGCUCUAGAAAUUCCGCCACCCCAAGCAGGGCGGCGCGCUGCGCCGCUCGCGCCGCCCUUCCCCGGUCCCGCGGCCGGGGUAGA